AAAAGAAAACGAGCCUUACUUGCUCCCGACCGCCGAGAUCGCCUUGUCGAGGAGGUCCUGGUGCUCGAAGGCCGCGCCGCCCUUCGGCGCGACCAGCACGACCGACGUCGGCCGUUUGGUGAGAGCCGCAUAGCCAAGAUCCUGCUUCGAGGGCACGUAGAUGUAGGGCACGUCCUGCUCCUCGCACAGAAUGGGCAGGUGGGCGAUGACGUCGACGGGCGAGACGUCGCCCGCGAGGAUGCACAUGCCCUUCGUGCCUUGCCGCAGGCUCUUCACCACCUCCUUGACGCCCCGUCUCAAAGCUUUGCCUUGACUGGCCUUCUUCACGAGCUUGUGCAGCUUUUUGGUCAGCUUCUCGUCGGCGAGCGGCGACGAGAUCGGGCUCAGUGCCUUGAGGCGCUCUUGGUACGUCUUGGGCGGCGCUCCCUCGUCGUCGUCGUCGGUCUUCUCCUUCUUGCUCGACUUGGGCUUCGACUCGCCCUCGGCCUUGCGCUUGCCCAUGGGCGGUGCCUGCGCGCGGUGUCUCGUGGCGGCGGCGACGGCGUCGCGGUGCGCGAGCGCCGCAGCGCUGGCGUCGCAGCGAUUAUGCGUUUCAAUCGCGGUGCCGUAGCUUCGCAGCGCUGGCGUAAAGCGGCCCCGCAGCCCCUCCGCGGCAGCUUUCAGCCUUACUGCAGCCCAGGAGCGAAGGCCAAAAAGCGGACACGGCGCAAUACGCUGCGUCUCUGGUAAACUCGUCUGGGUCUUAGGUUCGUAUCAGGCUACUCGCAACGAUAAUUGGGCAGCGAGGGUGGUGGUUUUGAGGCAAAACAGGCGAGAGAGCACGACCUAG